AUGGCUCAGGAUUCGUCUGCCAAGAGGCAGAAACUUGAUGCAGUGCCUGUGUCAGGUGUCGCUGCUGCAUAUGAUAGAGUCCUGGCCGAUGCUACUGCAGCGUCCACAGGAGUAUACAGUGGGCGGCUGCCUUGGGAAGUGGGAUGCUUCAGGGAUAUUUUCAAGGGGUCAGCCAGCACAAUGACUGGGCCGACUGCAAAAGCUUUGCUCAUCAAAGAGGUCAGCCUGCCAGGCGACACACCGGAGGAAUCUGCUGUUAGGACCACUCCAGAUGGGCAUGUGAGGCACCCUAUUUUCAGUCAGGUGCUCAAGAAGGCGCCGAAGAGUUUGUUGGGGACAAGAAGUUCAACCGAGCGGGAAGCUGUUCUGCGACGGUGGAUUCUUGUCCUGAGCCAUAAUUUGGAGGGCUCUGCUGUCGGGCGAUAUUUGGAAUCAGACCCAAGCAAUGGAAUUUCGAUAGUCAGUGAUGCUCUUGGUGGCAAGAGUACCAGCACAAUUUUGAAGCGAGUUCGAUUUUGUGCACGACUCAUUGCAUGGGGCGACAAGCAUGGGUAUUUGAUUUUUCCAUUGAGAGCCAACAUCAUUGUCGAGUUCAUGCGUGUUUUGGACAAACCAAGUCAACAGGGAGAGUGCAUGGAGACAGUGAAUUUCUUGAUCCACAUCAUGGGUGUGGAUAGCCAGCAGAAUCUGGCCCGUGACCCACUUCUUCAAGGCCUGGUCCGGGGUGCUCAGUUUUCCGAGCAUGAGCGCAAGCAAUCGAGAGUUUUAUCUGUGAAAGAGAUUGAAGCUCUUGAAGAAGCUCUGGCGGGGCAUUCACUUAACAAGAUUGAUCGCUUCGCUGUGGGAGUUUUCUUGUUCCAAGUUUACAGCCGGGCAAGAGUUUCAGAUAUUCGGAGCAUCACCAAGUUCGAAGUCGACAUGAUCGGGAGCCAGGGCUAUCUUGAAGCAAGAACAACUGAUCAUAAAAAUCGACGCAAGGGCGCAGGCCUGGGCAUGAGCUUGUGUCUGGUCGCUCCUGCAAAUGGUCUGGGAAAGAAACCCUGGGCCCUGUCGUUCUUGGAAGCAGCGCGAGAUGUAGGUAUCGAUUUGGAGAAGGGACAUCGAGGACCCCUUCUUCCGAGGCUUUCCUUCAACCACGAGUGGACAAACUCUGCAGUCAGUGCCUCAGAGACGACGGCAUGGCUCAACAGGAUUCUUGAGGUCCUUGUGCCAGGCGGUUGCGUCGAGGGGCUGACGUCACAUGGAAUGAAGGCUCAGCCUCUUAGAGAGUUAGAAGACUGCCUACAGAUGAUCAAGGCUGGUUCAUUCUUACCGGAUGCCACACGGUCUGGAAUGAUGCUCACAAAUGCCAAGGCGACAUUACCACCCGAGCCGCCUUCCUUAGAAGAAGCUCGUCCUUUCAUCAGCUUUCAGGCGAGUUCGGGUGACCCUGGAGGACACCAGCGCUCCAACGAUGAGUUUGGACCUGAUUGGGGUCAGGAUCAAGAAGAGGUUGAGUUCUCAGAGGUCGCUGCAGACUCAGGCUUUGCAAGUGGUCUUGGGUCAUGGAGCGAGUGCGACCAACCGUUGAGUGAGGAAGGCUUCAGACCUGAGUUGGGUGCAGCACCGGGCCAGCCGUCUGCCGCAUUAAACGACCCGGAGGACUCCAGCGAGUCGGACAGCUCAGGCGAGGAUACAGCCGACGACGAGGAUCGCAAGUACGAGGUCCUCUCAUCUGCACCCGAGAUCGAGAAGUUG